AUGGAUGACGACAAGCGCCAUCAAAUCGCUGAGAUCCAGUGUUGUUCCUCUCAAUCAGAAUCACAAGUAAUACCCAAUAAUAGGUCAACUUUCGACGCCUCCGAAACGACGUCGUAUAGUUCGUCACAAUUUCAAAAACCUAAACCUAAAAGUAAGGGAAUACUGUGCAAACGACGGAACCCUAGAGCUACUGUUCGCCGCACAAGGGUUAAUAAUGUUGCCGCCAUUGGUUUUCCUCUUGGAAUGUCUUUCGCCGCUGUUAUGGCUCAGGUGUUGUAUAGAAGAGAUGCUGCAGGUGAUAGUAUGUCUCCCAGUCAUCUUUCAUCGAUGUGCACGUCUGCGAUCAAUGAAUCUUUAUCCAGUGUAUUUGGAGACAAGCUAGAUGGUUUGACAAAGAACUUUGAACAAUCUUUUGAUAGCACUUUGAGUACUCUUCGAUUAAUUUAUGAAUCAACGGCUAGCAAUGAAGGGAAUAAAUUGAAUAACAUGAGGUUGGAAAUUCCAAAUUCUGAAUUGAAUAACAUGAGGUUGGAAAUUCCAAAUUCUGAAUUGAAUAACGUGAGGUUGGAAAUUCCAAAUUCUGAAUUGAAUAACAUGAGGUUGGAAAUUCCAAAUUCUAAAUUGAAUAACGUGAGGUUGGAAAUUCCAAAUUCUAUAUUGAACAGAGGAGAUUGCUCACGUGAUAUUGUUAUGGAGGAUUGUCAAUCAGAGCCACUGUCACACGAACAUGCUGAAAAUAUUGAUCAAUCAAUUAGUAGUGAAGAGGUUAGGGAUAAUUUUCACAUGGAGUCAGUUACUCAUGAUCUUGCUUUGCAUGGGCAAUCAAACCAAAUGGUUUGUUUUUCUCCAACCUCUUCUGGAGCUGUAUUUAAUAAUUCAGUGAAUAGCACAUUUGAGAAGUCUGUUGUGGAGCAAUGCCGUUCUAAUGACCUCAAGACUGUUGAAAUUGGUCUUACAAGACAAAAAUUGAAACUCAAAGAGAUAGAUCUGGCUCUCCGCUACGAUUUAAAUGAUCUGGAGCGAUCAAAGUUAGCUAUGGAAGUAUCAAAGUCAUCUUUCAAAACUGAAAAUUUUAAGAAUCAGUUAGAAGAUACCAGAUAUGGUGAACUAAAUAAGACGUGCAUAGACUGUCUUAUUGCUGGUCUAUUCAUUAUGUCAGCCUCACUUUUUUAUGGCGCUUAUGUUUACAACUUUGAACGGUUUAUUGAGGCUGCUGAAUUGUGUGCUCCAGAAGAGGAAUCUUACUCCUGGUUCACUCCAAAAUCAGUAGCCUGGUUCAAUUCAAGUGUGCACAUUUUUAUUUGUCGAGUUGGAGUUGUAAGCCGGAUGGUGUUUGGUUUCCUAAUGAUUAUUGUAGUUGCGUAUUUGCUCUUCCAGCGGGCAUCGACAUUGUCAUCACAAACAAUGCCAGUUACUUUCAUCCUUUUGAUGCUAUGUAUUGGCUGUGGUUACUGUGGAAAACUGUGUAUAGACACACUGGGAGGGAGUGGUAAUGUUUGGCUCUUAUAUUGGGAGAUUCUAUGUUUGCUGCAUUUCGUAUCUAUAUGCUGGACACCUGCUUUGUAUCGAAUUCUUCAUGGACCAAUCGAAGUAAUGCAGACAAAGAAAGGCAAUACAAUUUUUUGGUAUUGGAUUCGUCGGUUGCUGUUCUAUGUUAUUUUGCUUGUUGUUCUGCCAUUGUGCUGUGGUCUCAUGCCUUUUGCUAGCUUAGGUCAAUGGAAAGACCAUUUUAUGUCGAAGGUGAUUACUAGUUCAGAAUGGUAA